AUGUGCGUACGAAUACAUUAUACUAUUGAUUUAAACGUUUUAAAAAGAAAAUACAACUGUAGUAAAGUAGUUAAUAAUGAAAAGUUAAAGAAAGGAAUGAUCAAUAAGAAAAACUAUAUACCUACAAUAUUUGAAAACAAUGAAAAUUCUUUAGAAAAAAUUUAUGAUUCACAAAAAAAAAAUAGGAUAAUUCACAUUUGUAUAUGGGGAAUAAAUCCAUUUAAUUAUGGAAAAUUUGAAAAAGAUAUUGCAUUAAUUAAUGCUAGACUAGAAACUUUACAUCUAAAAAAAUCCUUUAAAAUUUUAAUAAAUAAAAAUAGAUGUGCAAUCAUAAUUAAUGGAUAUUUCGAAUGGAAAAAUGAUGAGAAUUCUUCAAAAAAAAUUCCUUAUUAUAUAUUCAAUGGUAAAAGUAACCAAAAAGAUAAUGAACAGAAUUCCUUAAAAAAAAUAGAUAAUGAAGAAAUAGAUAGUAAGAAUAAUGAAGAAAUUAAUCAACCCCAAAAUGUUAAAAAUGAAGUUGAAGAUGAUGAAAUUUAUAGUAAUGAAGAAAAAAGUCAACCAAUAGAGCAAAACUCUCAUAAAAGAAAAAAAAUAACAAAAGAAGUUUCAACUAAAAAAAUUAAAAUAGAAUCAUCAAAUGAAGAGUGCGAAGAAAAUGAAUCAUAUAUAAUACUUGCUGGUUUAUAUACUGUUCCUGAUGAUGAUAAAAAGGAAUACAGAAAUACAGUAAUUACAACAUCAAGUGAAAAUACAAACCUAAAAGAUAUUCAUGAAAGAUGCCCCCUUUUAUUAAGUGAAAAUUCUUUAUCUUUAUGGUUAAAUGUGGAUAACAGUUACUCAGAUAUAAUAGACAAAAUUAAAGAAGAACAUAUAAAUGCUUGUAAUAAUUUAAAAUAUAUGAAAGUUCAAGACUGGAAUGUUUAUUCAAACUACUCAAAACAAGAAAAAAAAGAAUCUAUUUUAAAAUAUAUGAAAUAA